UGAGUGGAAGAAGCAAAGGAAAAUAAAAAUAAAAAAAUCAAUGGAGAAGAGAAUUAAUGGGAAGAUGAAGAGUGUGGCUUCGGUUCCGGCAAAUUACGUAUCCAUUCUUGAGCUUCAGGAGCGUUGGAUGAAGGAGAAAGAGCGAAAUCAGAAGGAGAAAGACUUAGUUGAGAGAGGAGUGAAGCUGAAGCAGCAGGUUAAUGGACAACGAAGGAGAGAAGAUAUAAUGAAGGUAGUAGUAGUACAAGAGGCCAUGGAACCAAGAGUGAAUCUCGAGGGAAAGUGUUUAGGCGGAGGCUUUCCUAAGAACCAACGGAAAAAGAAACCAAAAUGCGUCGAGAAAGAGCAACUUGAGGAUGGAAGAGAUCCGAGGGAGAGAAAGAAGAUAUGGUCUAAGAAGGAGACUAAGAAUCAUGUGGAGGAAUCGAAGGUGGACAUCUCGAGGGAGAAGAAUAAUCCGGUGAAAGAAGAGUUAUCCAAGGGAGAUAAUGCUGCUGCUAGUCAUUUAAUUUCUGUAGAAACUCAAUUUCAGGAUCUGAGAGUGGAAGAGGAAGGAAGAGAAACUGAGGGACCUGUGAGAUUGAACAGCGGACAAGGCUAUUAUCGAAACCGGAAACAUUAUUGGUCGUCUACACUUGUUCCUAUGGUCUGGGUUAAGAAGGGUUAGAACGAUGGAGCUCAGUUCAGGUGUCCCUCAAAAGGAAAAGGAAAUGUGACUUGGAAUCAUGGUCUUAUAAACUUUCCCAAAAGCAUUAGGUCUAUGUCUAGGGUUUGAUUCCUGCUCCUUAGGAGAAGCAGUGUUGUCGUGUGUAUGUAAUUAUGUAUAAUAAUCAUAAAUCUUGGAGCACCAUCACAU